CCGCCAUCUUCCAGUAAUUUGCCAAAAUGACCAACACAAAGGGAAAGAGGAGGGGCACCCGCUACAUGUUCUCUAGGCCUUUUAGAAAACAUGGAGUUGUUCCUUUGGCCACAUACAUGCGAAUCUACAAGAAAGGUGAUAUUGUAGAUAUCAAGGGAAUGGGCACUGUUCAAAAAGGAAUGCCCCACAAAUGUUACCAUGGUAAAACUGGGAGAGUCUACAGUGUUACCCAGCAUGCUGUUGGCAUCAUUGUAAACAAACAAGUUAAGGGGAAGAUUCUUGCCAAGAGAAUUAAUGUGCGUAUCGAGCAUAUUAAGCACUCUAAGAGCCGGGAUAGCUUCCUGAAACGGGUGAAGGAAAAUGAUCAGAAAAAGAAGGAAGCCAAAGAGAAAGGUACUUGGGUUCAACUGAAGCGCCAGCCUGCUCCACCCAGAGAAGCACACUUCGUGAGAACCAAUGGAAAGGAGCCUGAACUGUUGGAGCCCAUUCCCUAUGAAUUCAUGGCAUGAUGGGUGUAAAGAAAAUAAAAGACCUGGACUGUGUAAA